AUGAACGCCAGUCUUGACGACUCGCGAGACGUCCCCAGUCGCGCUCCCUCCCGCGCAGGACACCGUCGCCCCCAACUCGUCCGCACCAACGCGACACGCAACGCGUUUCCGCACCUCCCUCCAAUCAAGACCACCUGUCCUAGAUACUCGGGAGACGUGCUCAUUGCCGGUGAGAGCGGGGGUGGCAUCUCCACCGACAGUGGCAUUCGAGACGACCGCGAGGACCUCGAGUUCCGAGUCGACCUCUCCCCGCUGUGCCCGCCCUCUCCUCCCUCCCCAAUCUCCUCGUCCAGUGAGUCUUCCACUUCCUCUCUUGUUACUCCCAUCGACUCCGAAGACUGGGAGCGCUUCCACGACGGCUUCCCGCCCCCGCCCUUGUUGAACGAACCACCCCGGCGCCUCUGGCCCCCCACACCGAAUCCUAAUACCCCUACACAACCCCUCCUGGAAGGAACGGACUCGCACCAUGGUUGGUCUGCAUCAUCCCUGUUCGAUUUAAAGCGGUUCUGGAACCGGCGUCAUCGCGUCUGGUGGGACUACGAGGAACACUGUCGGCACCUCCAAAGCUACGCCCCGUCCGAAUCGUCGUCCUCUCCCGACGAGGGUAACAUCGAACCUACAAUCUACUAUCCGCCUCCGCCUGUCCUCCUAUCCUCUCGUGCUACCCCUUGGAGAGGCCCGAAUGGCAUCUCACUCGAGACGGGGCGCGUCGCUACUACGACCGGCGCGCUCUCCCUUCCUCGCGCCCCGCGCCUGCUGGUCUACCCUCCCUGGUCGCCCAUUUUCCCGCGUUUCGGGGACAUCGAGGACCUGCGCGACCCGGCCUCUGAAGCUCUCGACAGAAUGUUCCUCAACUUUCCGCCGUACGCCAUCAGCCGGUUCCUGUAUUUCGACCAGAUGGUCUCCCAAGCCGAGGACCUCCGCGCUCGUCAGCGCCAGCGUACAAUCGCGCCGCCUCCUUCUAGUCCCUCCCCUUCUAACGAGCUUCCCGUGCCUCGCUCGCCUGCGUCCAUCUACAGCGACGGCGAGGACGAUGGCGCCUUCCCCGGUCUGUCGUCGAUGCCUACCUCCAACACGACAUCAUCGUCUCUCGCCGAGGCCGGGACGUCCACCCAGAGCCGGACGCCCUUCGGUCAUCUGCGUUGGCUGCAACGCUGGGAGCUUCUGCAGCAGCGUUUCUUCCCAACGUUGAUCUCGCCGAUGUCCUCGUCAGUGCCGACACCCCUCUCUCCACCUGAGCAGGACUCUUCCUUCCCGAUAGUCCCUGACCAGUCUCCUCCCCGCCCCGGAACGCCCCUUCCCGAAGACGACGAGUCGAAUGCGACGGGAUGUUCUCUCGACACUGUCGACGCGCAUACAAGCGAGCAGGAAGAGAUCCUCGUUGUCCGCAACGACCCCGAGUCUGAAGGGCCCCGCGCCAACACAGAACAUCCAGUCUUCCAGAUGGUCGAUCAUGGCAGGCUCUCGUCGAGCUCAGAUAUCACUGUCAGGCUGCCUUCGUCCAGGUCGCGUAACACCGCUCACGUCGGAGCCAACUCGGACGCUCAAGCUCAGGUUAGCGACGUCCGCCCCCUCCUACGCACCCUCGCAGACGAGAUCGAGGGCGCGGGGGUGCAGUUCACCGUGGCGCCUCCCCCUGCAGUGGUCAUGCCUCGUGUGAACGCACCGCGGUUCUCGUUCUUCGCGGAGGAGAGCGCGUUCGAGUUCGAGGAGGUCGGCUUUGACAUGGAUCGCUUGGGGCCGGGCAUCGCGCUGGAGGCCGUGUCCUGCUGA